GUUUUUCAUGCGGGCGUGGAGGAACUGGACAUUGAAGAAUAGAACAAGCAGCUUCCAAUGUGUGACAGCAAACACGUACGCUUGUCUUGAGAUAAAUACUCACAGCCUUGUGCUGGCAGCAAGAGACUGCCGCGAUCGUGGCCGACCCGAGGAAUUCUUAGUGAGGUGUUUCGGCAGUCAGGACGUCGAGGCGACAUUCCGGAAUCUUCGAUCGAUGACGACAAUGAACCAUACCCAGACGAACCUCACUUUCAAGAAAAUCGGCGAAAAGCUGCGGCGAGCUCACAUGCUGCAUCAAAUUCAGCACCGUAACCGUAUUAAGUUUCGAUUCCCUGGUCACACGGGUCCGACCAACGUGUCCGUGCUACCGACACUGCCGACGGAUGCUGAAAUAAAAGCCGCACUAAGCAGUGCUGAGGGGAGGGCAUCUGAGGUCUUGGGCAAGCUUGGCCUCUUGCAGGCUGAACAAUCUUUCGAGUUUAGUGUACAUGCCCUCGGGGACCGGAACUGGGAAGACUUGAUCGUUUCCGAUAGUGAGUCUGACACGGAGGACCAUGAAGACCAUGAACCCGGUCAGGAGGUGUAUGAAGCUAAGCAUCUGUUUUCAAACUUUUCGGGCCAGAUCGCGCUGCCUAACAGCACGUCCGAUAAGCACAUCUACCUGAUACGAGAUGACCACGGGAAGGUGUUUCACGUUAAGAAGAGUAGUGUAGUGUGGAUGCUUACUGCGUCUAAGGUUCAGGAAAAAGCUCGUAUGAUACAUUACAAACAGCCCAUACCUAACUAGGGCAAGCUAGGUUGAUUAGGUUCAUAAGUAAUACAUAUUAUAUAAUGUCCGUACUCUUAGAGUGUGCUUUACUAUCCUUGAUGACACUCUGACUAUUCAGCCUCCAAGGUGGUGGUUGAAUAGUCAGGGGGGGUGUUAUACCCGGGUGUUUGUAGUAGCCUAUGUACUGGUUCUUACAAACACCCGGGUUAUACUCUUUGAAAAAUGUUGCCCCUAAAUGUAUGCAACCCAUGAAAUGGAAAAAGUUUCAAAAUUCGUCUAAGUCCCGGAAAUGGGGAAGUGUUCUUGCCUGCGAAGGCACCACUGAGCUGAGGUGAGAUGAGUACGUACCCACAGUUGUCUGAGUCGGGGCAGCGUAACGAGUGAGCUAUGAUGAGCGCGCAAACAUGCGUGCGUUUCAUAUACGUGUACCGUACCCUGUGUACGGACGCGGCGGAGGAUGGGUCGCGGUACAUUGACUGAGUCGGUGACCAUUUCGGUGGUAAAGUGGUUAAGCCAAAUUGGCUUGCACGUCGCUAAGCCAAAUUCGCUUAUGGGAUGUGUAACCAGUGUGAGUGUUGUGUACAAUAAUUGAUGUGACUCGUCGCGAAUUUUGUGUUAAAUUAUUUAAAUGUAAAUUAUUGUGCCAAUAAGACGUUGUGUUUGUCGAUGGGAAGUUACCAGGACGACGCCCAGCAAGCAAGAAACCCGAAGCUGGAAGUCCCACACCGUGCGUCGUUACCGCUAGUCACCACCAGGAGCGCUGCUGCUUAUCAUCGCAUGGGCGGCCAUUGGGGGUGGUGAAUGUGCGUAAUCCUUGAGGAUGACAGGAUGAGGAGGAGAUGGGUUGGCGCGUAAGAGGUCAGGGGUUCGGGAUUUUGACCCGACCGUUGCUCGGUCAUUAAGUCCGGAUAUCGAGAAGUGGAAGGUUGUCGGCAAGUGCAACCGUUACCCGCGAAGACCAGUGUUGGAGAAGUUAAUCCUUGGAGGAUUGUGAAGUGCCCGGAAGAGCUACAUCCGUGGCCGUGACGAGAGAGCAGGAGUUGCCCGUAGGAGAUUUGGACAUCCAGGACCCCUCUUUGUUCCUUUGUGUUCCUUUGUUCACUGCGUGAACACCGUUUGGUUUCACCCCGGCCGUGCGACAUCCGGCCCGGUGAACCAUCCGUACGAACCGUCAGCGUCUCGCUGGACAUUGUUCGACCGCCAGGCCGUUACCGUUUCAACCGCGAACCCUAACCCCGGACUGUUCCGACGGAGUCCCCGGACACCGUCGAAGCCUGUUGCACGUCACCAAGCACAGGAAGGGCGCGGACGGCAGGCGAGGGUCCUUGAAGGCUGCAGCCGAAGCGUCGGAGGGUCCAUCCGACUGACGUAGAAGCCACCCCCUUGGCAGAGCGCCGGAGGAGCGUCGACGACAGCAGGAAGGAGCAGCGACGACGGCAGAGCGGCGAGAACGGGGCCCCGAACGAGUGCACCGGAAGUGCGAAGAGAGGAAGAGGACGUGUGAGGUAGGAGUAGUUAUAAGGAAGUGGGACGGGACGUGUGAGCUAGUGGAAGUGGGAAGGGAUCCCCGGAAUAAAACUGUCGAUCUUACGCGAAGAAUAAAUAUAGUUUCCCUUAGUCAUUCGCAGUGUUUUCUUGGUUUUUGAGUAAUUUCGAGCGUCACGCCGAACCUGGGUAUUUUAAGGGAGAGUCCCAUCGGUUUUGUACGCCCUGACACCGGAAGCACAUCUCGUACAAGGUUAGUUCACUUCGAGUAUGGACUGGGAGUGAACACCAGUUGUUAUAGAUGCUAAGCCAAGUUGGCUUAAGAAGCAAAGUUGGCUUGGCUUGGGCAUGUGAAUUUUGCUAAGUCCGGGGAAUGGGAUGGUGCCAGUAGAGUCGGGCACGCGGACGGACUUGCGAGAGCGUCAUACAUAUGUCCCGUGUGCAAACCUGCGUGCGCUUCAUAUACGUGUACCGUACACUGUGUACGGACGCGGCGGAGGAUGGGUCGCGGUACAUUGACUGAGUCGGUGACCAUUUCGGUGGUAAAGUGGUUAAGCCAAAUUGGCUUGCACGUCGCUAAGCCAAAUUCGCUUAUGGGAUGCUAAGCCAAGUUGGCUUAAGAAGCAAAGUUGGCUUGGCUUGGGCAUGUGAAUUUUGCUAAGUCCGGGGAA